AUAAAUAUCAUACUGAGACUGACUCAGUUUUUAUUUGAAUUUUCUACACUUGUAUUUCAUCAUGUCUCUCACCAAGGAGCCUAUUCUGGAGCUUGCUGAUAUGAGUGACUUUGAGCAAUUGAUCCGUCAACAUCCGGAGAAGAUCAUUAUUCUUGAUUUCUAUGCAACUUGGUGCGGACCAUGCAAAGCAAUUGCACCAUUAUACAAAGAAUUAGCUACAACUCACAAAGGAAUCAUCUUCUGCAAAGUUGAUGUCGAUGAAGCGGAAGAUCUUUGUUCCAAAUAUGAUGUCAAGAUGAUGCCGACUUUCAUUUUCACCAAGAAUGGAGACGCAAUUGAGGCACUGGAAGGCUGCGUUGAGGACGAACUGCGUCAAAAAGUGUUGGAGCACGUAUCUGCUCAAUGAUCUUCGACCAUCUGCUUUUAAACCAAUCAUCUGCUCAUUGAGCUCUUCCGCUCCCCCUACAAUUAAACCCCGCUCAACGGCCAAAUUUUUGAUGUUCGACAAAUUUUUAUUCAUAAUAAUUAUAUAUCUUAAAAUGCGUUUGAUUUGAUGAGUUCAAUUCCACAUAAAUGAAAUUUGAAU